AUGAUAAUUGGCAGAAACACCUUGAACCGAUUGUGCGCCGGGAUCUCGACGGUACAUUUGGCGGUUAAAUAUCCUUUGCCAAAUGGACGAAUUGGGAGAGUUGUUGUGGACCAGAAGACUGCAAGGGAGUGCUACUGCAACGCGGUAGAUCGGUACGGGAAAAGGAGCGCCUUGGUAGGACACCGAUGCAACGAGGUCGAGGCGCCGGAAGAAAACCUAGAUCCAAGGGGCGAAGGGCGGGUCAACAGGCCCACGCCAAUCGAGGAAACCAAGGAACUGAAAUUCGGCGAGAAAGUACUCAAAAUAGGGACCAGACUGACUGAGGUCCAAGAACAGAGAUUAUCAAAGCUAUUGGGCGAGAAUUUGGAUCUCUUUGCUUUGAGUCACAAGGACAUUCCAGGAAUAGACCCGAACUUCAUUUGUCACAGGCUGGCGCUGAAUCCCGGAAUUAAACCAGUGACCCAGACAAGCCGACGAAUGGGAGAUGAAAAGGAGAAAGCAAUCCAACAAGAGGUCAACAAAUUAGUGGCGGCAGACUUCAUCCGGGAAAUUAAGUAUCCUACUUGGCUGGCAAAUGUGGUGAUGGUGAAGAAGGCGAAUGGGAAAUGGAUAAUGUGUGUGGACUACACAGACCUGAACAAGGCAUGUCCAAAAGAUUCUUAG